CCGGUCGCUUCCGCGGUUAUCUCGCGGACUGAUUUUUUUCUGUUUUCUGCCGCGCACUGAGAAAAUAAAACGUGCGUUAUCGCUGAGAGGCGAUAAGUGUGUCGACCAGCUUGGACAGGCCGUCGACGUGUCAAGUGAAAGUUGCGCUAUGGGCAAUUGGGGUUCCAGUGGUUCCGUUCUUUCGAGACAGGCUGUCGACGAGUACGUCGAGCUGACGUACUUGUGCAAGAAUGAAGUUCGGCGAAUUUACAAACUCCUUAGCGAUUUAGAGCCAGAACAGCUGAAGCAAAAUCUGCACUAUCGCUUUCCCGCGGAGCAAAUCGACAAGGUUCUCCCGCAGAUUCGCUGCAAUCCGUUCCGCGACUCGAUAUAUCGGGUGUUCUCGUCGCAACGGGACGGAUGUUUGAGCUUCGAGGACACCCUCGACCUCUGCUCGGCCUUCUCCGCGAAUUGUCCUCGGGGCAUCCGGGCUGCAUGGGCUUUUGAGAUUUUCGAUUUCGAUGGCGACAAUGAAAUCUCCCUUAACGAUCUGAUCGAGACGGUGCAGAGGCUGACUGGUACAGAUGAACGCGGACAGGACCGAAUCGAUCCGCAACACGCGCAAGACAUAGCGCGAAUGAUCCUGCGGGAAAUGGAUCUCGUUGGAUCAGGUAGCAUAGUGCUACAAGAAUUUGUACACAUGAUCUCCAAAAUGCCCGAUUUCGCACAUACGUUUCAAUUUAAAGUUUUAUAGAUUCACAGAGGGGAACAUUGAAAAAAAUAAAACUGCGUCGUUCAAUAAGAUAUUGUAAAAAGAGAGCGAAGAAAAUUUUAUGCACUUGCAUAUUAUAUUAUUUCUUGUGCAUCGGGAGAGACUAAAGUGGAUGGCAAAUUUAUAAAAAUGAUUUUAAUAAUCACAUAUACAAAACAUUACAUACAAACGGAAAAAAAGUAUUUACUAUAUUAU